AUGUCCUCUCUCCUCGAAGAAUCUCACCCCGCCCAGCCCGUAUCCAACAGCUCGGCGGCGUCGAAGCCCCAAGCUCCCCCGCCGAGCCCGAUCCGCACCUACACUCUCCGUCGAGACAUCUGCGCCGUCCCUACAGAUCUGCUCAUACAGACAUUCGACGAUCGCGUGCUUGUCAUCAUCACCCAGAGUGGUAAGGUAGGCUGCUUGACCCAAGCGACCUUGCCCCAAUUCACCCCUCUCCCAACGCCCCCACCUCCAUCCCAAGAUCUUCAACAAAUCCCACCCCACCUCCAAAUCUUGUCCAUCCUCCCCCCACCUCCUCCCCAAACGACCCUCACACCGUUACUCGGUUCCCCACCACAACAAGCGUUACAUGAGCUGUAUGUGUCGCAGAUAGCGACGCUCGUAUGGUGGGCUUUGCAGACGAGCGGGGAGGCGAGGAGGGGGGUGGUAGUGGGUUUGGCGUUGAAGAGGGAGAAGGGGGAGGGGAGGGCGGAUGAAGAUGGGGAAGAGGAGGGGCUUGUGGAGAAGGAGAGGGAAAGGUAUGCGGGGAUACUGGAUUUGGUAUCGCAAUGGCCUGGUCCAGGAGAGUAG